AUGGCUUGGAUUUUCCUAUUCGUAUGUGUUACUUGGAUAAAUAUUAAACUAGCUGUAUUUCCACGUAUAGGUUUUCCUAUCCCAAAAGAAAAGAAGAAAAAAAGAUCACAAGAAGUAACACCUCGUAGUGACCCGACUCCGCAACCUCGUCACACAAAACCAUUGGGUGCAAGUGCAUUUGUGACUGCUGGAGAAAAUGAAGGUGGAGGAGAUGAAGUUGGAGCUGGAACUGCUUUAGAUGGAAGAAGUGUGAUUGGAGUUGUUGUUACUAGAGGAACUGAAGUUGGAGUUGGUGGAGGAAGUGAAAUUGGAGUUGUUGUUACUGGAGGAAAUGAAGUUGGAGUUGUUGAAGGAAAUGAAGGUGUACUUGUUGUUACUGGAGGAACUGAAGUUGGCACUUCUAGUGGUGUUGCUAUUGAUAAAGGUAAAUCCGUAGUUGAAGAGGACAAGAAGGAGGGAAAGAAGAACGACGACUCGGACACUUCCUCCGGUGAGCAAGUUCAAUCUAAGCAAGGAAAAGGUGGUCGAGGCGGUCGAGGUGGAGGUAAAAAAGGUGGUCGUGGUCGAGGUGAAAAAGGUGGUUGUGUUGGAACAAGUGCAAAAGGUGGUCGUGCUAGAACAAGUGCUCAAGGUGCACGUGGUGGAGGUGAAAAGACUCCAAUUCAAGGUGGCAGUGGUCGAGGUAAAAAAAUCUAA